CAGCCCUGUCCCACAACUUGCCCGUGUAUGUGCCAUCAACUGUGUCUGAACCCAGUCUACAAUGUGGAUCGACCUUCCGUUAUCAUGGCUCCUGUGUCGAAUAGAAACCAUCAAGAAUCAAAUGUGAUACAUACACCAGUCAAGUUUGAGGUAAUAGAGAGUUUUAGAUUCGAGUUUACCGCGAACCUCUACCGCUGGAGGUCACGUGACAAGUCUUUCGCGUCACGUUUGAGGUUUACGACGUGCGUUUUCAACGUGGGGAGGUAGGUUUUCACGUAUGUCAUUUACCUGAAAGCGUUUAGCGUAUAAUCCUUGUUUUAUCCCACGUGAUGGUACAAAAAUCUUGUGGAGCAGGUCUUUAUCCAUUAACAGAAGCACAAAUUCGGGCGAAAUGCUAUAUUUGAUAAUUCCUAUGGAAUCUUGAAAGCAAGAAGUGCCAUUCAUGGCUGGUUAUUCAAAAUGGGGGCCGUGAUCUAAUCCACCGCCCAUCUAAAUCUAAUUACGUGUUAACGUCGAACCGCAAACGGGUAACCGCAAACCGCGGUUAGAGGUUCACGGCAAACUCGGAUCUAAAACUCUCUAAUGUACCCGUUGAUUCGUGAUCUCCACUACGGGCCCCCUCGGGUAUUAAACUCGGUGAAUUUUCAAAAAUUCCAUUAUUUAAAUUCUUAUCCCCGGAGCCGAGUAUGGGGAGAAACUAAUUCAGUUGGGAUUGCUGUACCUCAUGGUCAAAAUAGCUGGUCAAAUACCCCCGACACCUGGUACCCACAUAGUUCACAGCGGCGAGAAGUUUUAAUAAUAGUUCGUUAGAAAGCAGAAUAGUACCUUGAGGGCAAACGUCCGCUUUAGCAGGACAUGGCCUCUGCUCUACUACGAAGAGCUCAGUUCAUCAUCCUUUUUAAUUCCUUUAAGUUUUUGAUUCCCUAUUAAUUAUUCUUAUGGAAUUGUGUAGCCUCCAAAACAGGUGUUUUGGGGUUUGUCCUAUCUCCUGCUUCCCCACAAGCUUGUGGUGCUAGUAAUUGGGACAUUUUUUUGGAUUCGUUUACCCUCCCCAUAUAUUUUUUCAAUUCACCAAUGUUUUCUCCCGUGUAAAGUGGUAGACGAUGAUAAUCAUAAGGGAAUGACACAAUUACGGUCAAUGAUGACAGAUAAAGUAAAUUAACCAGGUAAGAAUGGGAGAUGUUGUCUAUGGAACCUUUUGUAAUAAAUUAAAUGGGUAUGUUUCCGUCUCUUCUUUGGUAGACAGUAAAAGAAAGCGACAAGCCUUACAGUAACAUCCAAGGAAAGGAGUACGCCAACAGCGUUGUACGUAUACAGUUAGUUCACGCUUUUCUCAUUAAUUGCUGUGUUAAUUUUUUUUGUCAAAUUCGGUGCUUUCAAAAGUAACUGUGUUUUGUUUACUAGGAUCAUUGUCGAUAAAUUUGACACCUUGGUGAUUUUUGUGAACAUGAUAACAUUCAUAGUUCUCCAGCUUUAAUACACACCCUAGGGCGUAAUAUGAAUUAGUUCACACGGGCGUGUUCCAGUGAUUGGUAAGGAGAUACCAACGUGACCUUGACGAUUUAGUUUCACGAAACUCAGGAUGCCACGCAAGAAAAAACUAGAACAUGACAUUUUAUUUUAACGAAAAACAUGACCUGAUUUAUACGCGCAAACGUGUGAGGGGCCUAGUGACCACUAGUCCCAGACAAAUUCAACAAAUUGUAGAUGCUCCACUCAUCCACGUCUUUUUAUCCUUAUGGGUACGUGAUAAAGGUCAGUGGAUCCAAAACUCUUCUCUUUUUUACUCUGGAAAGGUGGAGAGAUGACAAUGAUUUACAGCGAGUUGCAUUUGCAGUUGGAAGCUGUUGAUAACUUGAAUUUUGCGCGUAAUCUUAAGUGGUUUCUGCACCACGCCGAGGACAUUAUUUUUGUUUCGUCAUUUGUUAAUUUAAUUGGGCCGCUCCUUUACUGUUGCAACAAUCUUGUACCUAUAGUUCUUGUGACCAAACUACACGAAUUCGAACCGUCCAUUUGAUUUAUAACGCUGAGUCACUCGGAAAGAUUUUACUGGGAAAGAAAUUCUGGGAUGAAUUUUAGAAAGCGUUAAGCAAAACCAGUCUUUAUAUGAUAUAUUAACAUGUUUUGUCAUUGUAUCGUGUAAACUACAUAUAUGAGGUUGAUCCCCUCUUACCAUUCACAUUUCUCUUUGUCGACCACACCCACUAACCCCGCCCACUGGACCACGUCCUUGUUAACCGCUUCACAUAACUAAUAUCCCAUUUAAGUGAGAAGUUCCUACCAAAGGCCAGUUGGUGUCACAACUCAGUGUAUAAAAAGAAGAGGUACAUGUUUUUAGUGACUGUACUUGCGUCUCGAUUAUCCUUUGAAAACAAGAGACAUUUUAUGGCUCUUGUUUGAAAACUAAUACGAUAGUUAAGAAUAAACAGGAACGUUUAAUAAUAUGAUAAUAAUAAUUUUGGGGGGGGGGCUAUUCUUUCCGUUCCGCUUUGUCUCUCUCUUCAAAAAUAUCUUUAAAUAAAACAUUCUGUAAACUACGAUGACCAACACAACGGGUGACAGCUCUGCAAAUUGUGAUAACAUAGUUUCAUCCUUCUGAAGUUUGUACGUUUUUAAUCGACCAGCUAGAACUUGUGCACAGAGAAGCUGUUAAGGAAAGUGAAAGAGUAACAAAUCGAAAUUCAGAGAGCAUUGUAGGCAAAAACCAAACAACAACAACAAACAAACAAAGAUUUCACCUGAUUGCUUCUUCCCGAACAGCUCUGUAAGUCUGGUGUUACUAUAAAGCCUCGGGAAUGGCGUAAUUUGAUAAUUAAUGCAGAUUCACUGCUCGUUUUACGUUUUCCUUUGUCGCAGGAGGUUAUUUCUGACGACGAGGAGGAACGCUUUUUUCGAUUUGACCUGGAUGGCCAGAAAGCAAAAUUCAAGCUGACGAAAAGAGAGUGGGAACUCAUAGACAUCAAAGAAUUCCCAAGUGGUGGUCGUCUGUUGGGUGGGGCCUGGACCACGAUAUUUAAGCGUGGAAUAAGAAACAGCAACCCCUGGUGCAGCUUGCGCUUCAAGAAUAAUCACGUGCGGGCGGCAAACUCCCGCAAAAUGAAUUCAGCGCCGUUUUUCCGAGGAGCUGGGGAGUGCAAGCGUGAAGAAUGUAAUAUGAAGUUAAAGCUUACAAUUCAAGAGGAGAAAGGAAAAUUUGUCAUGGUAACAUACACAGGAAAUGUCUGCCACAAAGUUUCACUCAGAAAUGACGAUGAGGUAAAACCAAAAGAAAGUAAAUAA